UCACCACUUCCGACCGUCAAAACUGCAAUUGACGACAGCACCCGUCUCGACCCCUCCGAUACGCCGUCGAACACCCGCAAUCAUGUCUGCCCCGUCUCUCGCCCCCUACAUCAUGAAGCGCCCGUGGCUGCAGCGCUGGAUGAAGCCGCUCGCCAACUGGUACUGCAACGCCGCCGGCUACAGGCAGCUCGGUCUGAGGGCCGAUGACUUGCUCCCCGAGGAGAACGACGUAGUUCAGACCGCCCUGAAGCGUCUCCGACCACAGGAGGCCUACGACCGUGUCUUCCGUCUGCGCCGAGCUUUCCAGCUCUCCAUGUCCCACCAGCUUCUGCCCAAGGAGGAGUGGACUAAGCCCGAGGAUGACACACCAUACCUCGCCGAGCUCAUCACAGAGAUCGAGUCCGAGAUGGCCGAGCGCGAGGACCUCGAGGCCAUGGUCAUCCAGAAGAGGCAGAAGAACGCCGCCCAGGCCACCGGACACUAGAAUGUAUAUAUCGAGUCUGGGCGAUCAAUUGGGAGCUUGGUGGAUCGAUUCUGAGGCUGCGCAAUAGAUUGUAUCAUAUCAACAUAUUUCGUACAGGACUCCCCUCGGUCGCGUCUGGAAACACGUUCCUUUUUUUUUACCAUAUGAUUCCAAGAGCUUUUACGAAUGCGCGCACGCUCAGUUGCGGGCAUUCGUCUCGCAAUCCAUGGGAAACGACUUAUUGGGGAGGCGGCCACGGCAAGACGCUUAGGUUUGGCUUCGGAAAGCAACGCCCAGAUACAACCGGAAAACGAUGAAUGACAUGCACGUUCUAUGCACUUCACGGGAACAGUCAGGCCUGAAGUGAUGAGACACUGCACGAUUGAGACCCAAAACAUGGAAUUGCCGUGAUAACAGAUGGAACAUUAACAAUUAAUAGAUAGGCAAAACAUUCAUUGAAAUAAUCAUCUUGGAUUCAAGACAUUGG